GUGGUGGGCGGGCAGGCGGCGGCCGUGGAGCGCUUCCCGUGGCAGGUGUCUCUGCAGCAGCGCGGCCGCCACCACUGCGGCGGCGCCCUGGUCAGGCCACAGUGGGCGCUGACGGCGGCGCACUGCGUCGCCUCCUACUUUGGGCUCGGCCUCAGCGUCCGCGCCGGCACCUCCACCAGGGGCAGCGGCGGCGUCGUGCGCGCCGCCUCCAGUGUCCACCCCCACCCCGGCUUCUCCUGGACCUCUUUCGACUGCGACGUCGGCCUCGUGAAGGUCGCGGACCCCUUUGUCUUCGGUGCAACAAUUCAGGCAGCGGGACUGCCAUUAAAGGAGCCAGCCGUGGGGUCGCUGGUGACGGUGACCGGCUGGGGCAGGCUGUCGGAGCACGGGCCGCCGGCCACCCAGCUGCAGGCGCUCACCGAGCCCGUGCUGGACCCGCGGCGCUGCGGCGAGGCGUACGCCUUCCUGGGCGGCAUCACGCAGCGCAUGCUGUGCGCCGGCUUCCCCGAGGGCGGCCGGGACGCCUGCCAUGGCGACAGCGGCGGCCCGCUGGUGCAGCGCCGCCUUCUCGUCGGCAUCGUGUCCUGGGGCCUCGGCUGCGCGCGGCCCGGCCUGCCGGGCGUCUUCUCCAACGUCGCCGCCCUGCGGCCCUGGAUCACUGAGCACAUAGGCACCGCUUGA